AUGUCCCAGGUCUCGCAAUAUGCUGAUACCUGGGAGUAUGGUACAGAGAUUACUUCUAAAGUCACUGGACCGAAAUAUUGGAAAUAUAAACUUAAAUAUGAAGCCCAAAAGGCUAUAGCUUUAAGGGAUAACAAAACAAUAUCCGAAUUAAUACAAGCUAGCGCACAACUUAGAGAUCAAUCGAAAGAAACUUUUUAUACUUCGCAAACAAUGAUGAUUUUAGUAUCAGGAUUGGUCUCUUCUCAGCCAGAUGAUGAAACAAUUACAAAUAUUGGCAAAGAAUUAAACAGAAAAUUACCGAAAUUACCAAAAACCAAAGUUUAUAAAGAAAUUUUAAGUAGAAAUGCUAAUAAAGCUGAAGAUUCCGAAGAAUUUCCUGAGGUUGUUGAUGGAAGGUUGAACAUACAAUCUCCUGGUCAGUACGCUUUAGUUGCAAAUGAGAACACAGAUCACUCCUGUGAUAUUAUUUUACUUCGUUGCAAUCCAAUUGCAGAUCUUGACAUAGUUGAAACGGCAAGGUCACUAAAUUGGGACGAAUACCCUAUAUUAGUUAAUAGAAUUGAUAUGAUGCCGCAUGAUUUGGACAGCUGGGCCGCUUUUCAUAAUUUAGUCAUAAAUUUAAACGAAGCACAAGUUCAGGAAGUUGCUAAUUUCGUUUCUUACUGGAAGAUCAUAUAUAAAGAUCUUCUUAAUACAGAAGCUGAUGAUGAUUUCUCUCAUAUUGUCCAUUUUGUUUUUGAUUUGCUUCAUAUCAUUGAGCAAUAA